AUGCCCGAACACAAACCCCAAAUCCCAAUCCCAAACCGCCUCAAAGGCCUCGUCGCCCUGAUAACCGGUGCAGCCGGAAACAUCGGCCUCGAAGCAGCAAGUCGGCUCUUACACGAGGGCGCCAGUGUCGUUUUGGUUGAUAUCAAUGCCGAAAAGCUCGCUCAAUCGAAGCGGAAGCUUAUUGAUGACUUCAAAGAAUCGCCAAUGUAUACGGAUCAGUUCAUGGUGGAUGAUGCCAUUUUUACAGUACAAGCCGAUGUUACUGUCGAAGAGGACGUGCUGAAGUCGGUUACAAAAGCCGUUUCUAAGUUUGGACGGUUGAAUAUUGCUGUUCUCUGUGCUGGGAUUUCGUAUUCCUCCACAAAUAUUUUGGAAACGGAUAUUGAACAGUAUGAUAAGGUUAUGCGGGUUAAUUCUCGGUCUGGUGUCAGGCACUGUCGAAACGCCAUGAAACAAACCGGAUCUGGGGGCAGUAUUAUCCUCGUAUCUUCAAUCGCCGGUCUCCGUGCUACACCUGGUUUAUCAGUAUACUCAAUGUCGAAGUUUGCACUGCGUGGUCUAUGUCUCUCUGCGGCAGCAGAGCUAGAACAAUUCAAUAUUCGCGUGAAUACGGUGCACCCAUCUGGAGUCAAUACGCCCAUGUUCCUUGCUUCUUGGCCACCAGAGAAGAUGGAGAGUAUGCUUGCUUCUGUUCCUCUUGAUCGGUGGGCUGAAGUAGCUGAUGUUGCGGCGUUGGUUGCGUUUUUGGGGAGUUCUGAUGCGCAGUUUAUGACCGCUGGUGCGCUUAAGGUUGAUGGGGGAGUUGUUAUGUAUUAG